AAAUAAUUUCACUUAACAUGGAAUUUGUGUGGUUUAUACAUUACUUAUAAUACAAAGGGCUUUAUUGGUUUUUCCCCUAAAUUUCCACUUUUAAGGCACUAUAAAUACACACUUAACUUCAAAGUUCAAACUCCCAACUGGCCAAAAAUUUCACACUUAGUGACAUUUCUAACUCACAACAACCAAAAAAAAAAAAAAAAAAAAAACCAACCAUCAACCAACUUGGUAAUAAAUGACCUCCUCACUCCAUAAUCCACCAACCACCACCACCACCAUCACGGCGGAGAACGGUGGCCCCACCGCCUUUUCCGGUUUGCACCCAGAUAUAAUCCAAGCUCAUAUUCUAACUCGCCUUGACGGACCCUCACUAGCCUCUACUAGCUGCUCCUCCACCACUCUCCACCAGCUUUCUUCCGUAAACCACUUAUGGUUACGUGUUUGCCACUCCACUUGGCCCUCCACAACCACUCCUCGUGUCCGCCACGUCAUCUCUACCUUUCAUGAUGACAGUUACCGUACCUUCUUCUCUCAGUCCUUCUCUGUACCUGAUAUCGAGGAUGAGCUAAUUAUUCAGGAUCGCCCAGAGUCCUCCGCGAAUUAUUUAAUGUGGGCUCCGCAUGCUGUGUGUGUGAAAAUAUGCUCGUGUUAUUACUUGGGUCGAAAGCAAUGGAUUCAGGUGAAUUCAACUUCAGCACGACCGAGGGAAUUAAUAUCGGCCGUUGAUGUACACUAUAGAAACGAGGUGAUUUUUAGUAAUGUGCAAGAGAGCGAAACGACGUCGAGUUGGUUUCAAUCUUCGCCGUUCAGAAUUGACAUGAUUGAUCUAAAGGACGUGAUUUCAACGACGAUCAAACACCCGAACGAUGAUGACACGUGUACGGAUCUGAUUGAGAAUAUGGAGUUGAGUUGGAUUUUGAUUGAUCCAAUCGGACGGCGGUCGAUGAAUCUGUCUUCGUUAAAGGCCGUUUCAGUACAACGACAUUGGUUGACAGGUGAAGUGCAGGUGAGGUUUAGUUCAAUCCUGACCGUUGAUCGAAAGAGAGGUCACGUGCAGUGUGAGAUAGUGGUCACGUGCGGUGGAUCUGAGGUAGGAGAAAUGCAAGUAAGGGAAGUGAGUUUGGAAAUGGAGGAUAUGGAUGGAAGUCACUUGAAUGGGAGGGAUAGUUUGGUAAUUUUACAAAAGGCAUUGGAGGGUAAAAGGGGAAAUAAUAGAGGUAAUAGAGGUGAAAUUGGGAAGAAAAGAUAUAAAGAAUUUUUGGAAAUGAGAAGGGAAAGAAAAGAGAAGAAGUUGAGGAGAGAAGGCGCAUUGGAUGUUUUAUGUGUAGCAUUUGGGAUAUCAAUUUUUGUGGCACUUGGUAUUUUUUGCUUUGUUUGAGUAGAUGAAAAAGGAGAACUAGAACAAAGACGACGACGGCAACAACAUAUUCAGUGAAUUGAACGAGCGAGGUUGACAACAACAAUAUAUUUAGUGAAAUAGUACGAGUAAAGCCUAGAAAGGAUAGUGUAUCCGCAAAUUUCAUCUUUAUCUUGAAAAGAUAGAGAGAUUGUCUUUUUUUUAACCACUCGACUCAAGCAAAAAAUAUUUUAAAGUAUAUAUGAAAAAAAAUACAAUAAUAAAGAAGCAAAAGAAAAAAAAUGCAUUUGCAGAAAGAUGGAAGGAACA